GACCCCUAUUUUAUGAAAAAUCAUCUGGGCUCCUACGAGUGCAAGCUUUGCCUGACACUGCACAACAAUGAGGGGAGUUACUUAGCACAUACCCAGGGGAAGAAGCAUCAGACCAAUUUGGCACGACGAGCUGCCAAGGAAGCCAAGGAAGCCCCAGCCCAGCCUGCCCCAGAGAAGGUGAAAGUGGAAGUGAAGAAAUUUGUGAAAAUUGGGCGUCCAGGCUACAAAGGUGAGCCCAGGAGGUCCCUGAUGGGCAGUCCCUGCCUGGUGGAUGUGAAUUAUUCAUUGAUCUUUUGAGCAGCUCUGCCCAUG